UGGUCUGGCUUCACUGUUUUAAGUGUGGCUUAGUGUGCGACUGAACUUUGUCACCUCCUCACACCAGAGGCGGCAAUCAGUCAACACGGAGUCUCCGCUGCCACCUCCCCACAGUGUGGAUACAGUGCUCUGAAUAACAAUGUUGAGGAGGACUCAUGAUGACAGACUGAGCUUCAAAAGCGUCAGAAGUUAUUAAAGCUUAACAUAAUGCUGGGAUGUUAUAUCUUGGUAAACUAGCAGUUCCUGCGGCGAUUUAAGAGACAUAAGGAGGCAGAUUACUGAUGAUUCAUGGCGACAAUGUCCCAAACAUGGUUCAUCUUUAUUGCUGUCACUGUGCUGGCCGUGCAGCUUUGCAUAGGUGAGAAAUCCUGUGUCAUCUGGUCCAGUGCUGGACCUGUGGUGACACUAGGCUCCAGUUUUGAGGUGUACUGCACCUUUAACUGCAAGUGCAAGGGAUCCAUGAGCUGCUAUCCACCCAUACAACAGGAAUGCUUUGAAUUUAAUUCUACAACUAUGUAUUUCAAAGUGGGAAACAUAACUACGAACCGAACAUACAGCUGCCAGUGUGACUGCACUGCUCUGGACCCCUGUGGACUGGACAUCUAUGCUGGAUACAAACCAGAGAGUCCUAAAAACAUUUCAUGCACCUACGAAGUCAUAAAUAAUGAAAGAGGGGCUGUGUUCUGCAACUGGAUACGAGGACGAGACACUUAUCUUUGGAAUAGUUCAGUGCUGUGGGUGAGAACUAGAUCUGGAACCCACACAGAUGAACCAGUGUCAUACAAAGUCUCCAGUAAGGGAACUGAUCCAUCUGCUAGUUUCACCGUGUCUAGCUCUGUCCAGCUGAUCUCUGUGUGGGUCCAAGUCCAAAAUCCACUGGGCAAUGCAAUGUCCAUGACAUUCAACUACACCCUCAGUGACAUUGCAAUGCCAUCGACUCCUGUUCUUGUCCAACCCGAGUGCUCCUCCCGAGAGUGCGUCAUCAAAGUGCAGCAGUCUGUGAGGACUCAACGCCUGGAGAUCCAAUACAGAGCAGAGGCACAGACGUGGACAUCAUAUCUAGACUCAGGUGUGCAGACGAGUUUGGAACAAGUCAUCUCCUCUCUGGAGCCGUACAGGUUGUACCAUUUCAGAGCCAGAUCCAAAUUCAGCACCGGCCUGUGGAGUCAGUGGAGCACAAACGUUUCCAGCCGAACUCAAGAAGAGGGACGCUCUGAGCCUCACCACAUUAAGGAUGGUGUGAGCACAAUUAGUGAACAAGAGGCCAACAUUUCUAUCACUAGAGGGAAAAUUGUGGAGUACAGAGUCAGAGUUUGGAGCCAAACCUCUGGUGUGGUCUUCAGCACUAACAUUAGUGCUAAUGCCAGGAAUUAUUCAGUCCCAUUCUGUGCCAAAUGUGAAGUGACAUUGUGGGCUUGCAACUCCAAAGGGAUGUCUCCUCCUGCCAGAAUUACAACCCAUCACAGAUAUGCCAAGCCCGUAAAGGUUGUGCAAGUAACUGCAGACAACCACACUGUCACCAUCUCCUGGAGAAAGCCUGAAACUGCACCACCACAUGUGGCGUAUGUGGUGGAGUGGUACCCAGAGGGCCACAAGCUGGAGGAGCUCAGAUGGGUCAGGCUGGGCAGGAAUGACAACCGUGCCGUUAUUACAGGUAUAAAGCCAUUUGAGUGUUAUGAGGGAGCAGUGUAUGUUGUCUAUAACGAGAGCUCAGUGAGUAAGAGAAGAUUUACAGGAGUGGCCACUUCGGAAUCAGCCCCGGCAGCUGGUUCAUCAGUCAAAGAGGAGGUUGAGGGAAACAAAGUGAAAGUGACCUGGAUAGAGAUUCCCAGGGAUCAGCGUGGGGGUUGCAUCACCAUCUAUACCAUCUAUUUAGAGAGCGACAGUGGAUACAGGCAGUCUUACUCUAUGCCAGCAUCAGAGAGGACACAUAUCAUCAAAGACCUGCCUCCAGCUGUCUACAGUCUGUGGAUGACUGCUUCAACUGCUACAGGAGAAGGCCCUGCAGGUCAAAAGAUCAAGUUCUUCAUCCUGCAGGAGACCCAACUAUCCCUCCUGCUGAUGUGUGGGCUCACCUCCCUGAUCGUGCUCUUUCUGCUGUGUCUGUGUCAGAGUUCAGCAGUGAGGCAGAGGUUCUGGAUGUUUUUCCCGUGCCUCAAGCUUGAUGAUGUGCCAGAUCCUGCAAACAGCAAAUGGGCAAAAGAGUGUACCCAGGAGAAGGGCAAGAUGAACCUCCAGCUGCAAUCGAGUAACUCCAGUGCAGCCGAGGAGGAGGAAGAGCCCAUCCUGGUGGAUGUUGAGGAGCUGCCCAAGCAAAGCACUGACAUCCACUCAGCUUCAGACGUCUCCUCACUGCUCCCUCAUCAAACCAGCAUGAGCCCAAUGACAGAGCCGGUCAUUUACAUCAAGAGCUUCUCCCAUGACUCAGACAGCUCAGACCACACGCAUACCUCUCUGGACACCAACACAACCGUUGACUAUAUCUCCGGACACGGGCCAGAAAAUAUCUACGAGGAUGAGGAGGUGGAGGACGACGGAGAACCGUUUUUAGACAUGCUGGGUUUCUUCCCCAGUCACAACAUCAUCAUUGAGCCAUUUGGAGGGAAGUUGACUCUGGAUGCGGUCAAAAUCGACUGCAAUGACUUCUUUCAGAACAGUUAGUGUUAACCCGAAACCAGAACUCUUUGGUGAGAUGAGGUUUGAGUGGAAACAAUUUUUUGAGGAAGAAGACUGCUAAACAAAAGAGACGGGACACAAUGACUGGAGAUGGUGACUGGAUUCUUCUUUAUCUGUUUCAGUGUUGUUUUUUGCUCACUGAAAUCAGAACCGUAAAAAAAACAGCUCUCUCGCUUAUGUCGUCCAGAGCUGUUUGCAGAAUUUUUGUUUUCAUUUCAUGCAUUACCAUUGUUUUCACUUUAGGGCAGCAUUGGAUACACUAAUAACAUGAGCAAAAUGAACACAGUACAGGCUGCCCGACAGAGUAUAUCAAAUUUUGUAAUUUAUACCAGUUUUAUUAAGGCAUCCCAAUGCUGAAAGCACUGAUAGGCCCAUUUUCACAGCAGACUUUUUGACUUAGGAAAAGCACAGGUGUUACUAAAGAAAGGUGUCAGGUGUCCCACUAAGCCACAUGUGUGAUAGUGAGCCAGCAGGCCCAGUACCAGGACCCUGAAACUGAAGCAGCAAUUCAACCAUCAUUUACACCUGUGGUUUUCCUAUUGAGUCUAUUAUUGCCUCACGUUGUUGACCAUCUUGUAUAUUGACUGGGCCUUUAAAUACAUCUAUGCUACCUCAAUCUUAGCUCAUCUAAAACAGGAGAAAGGUAAAUUGUCUCUCAAGUUUGUUAGUGGUGGGGGUGGGUAAUAUUACUGCAUGAUGACAGAUAAUUUAUUAUCAUUUUGCUGAAGAUCAGAAUCACGAUCAACCAGUUGCACCACUGUUUCAAGAUGUAUGUGUCACAAGUUUUAUGGCAAUUCAUCUAACAGUCGUCAAGACAUUUCACAAAAUGCCAGAAAUGCUGCCACCUGCUGGUGGCACCAGAAUCACCGCAAUCAGAAUUGAUCCUUUAUGGACCACGAAUGUGCAAAAUAUCAUUGCAAUCCAUUGUUGUUGAUAUUUCAAACAGUCCGAAGUGGUGUACCAACCAACAUUGCCAUCCCUAGAGCCAGGCUGCUGACACGGUGAAAUGUAUGUAUGUAUAGUGUGUUUUAUGUUUAAGUCUGAAAACUCUUGUGGACCAUUUUGAGCAGCAGCAUCUCUAAAUAGAUUUGCAAUUGCUCACUUUUUCUAAUUGGGAAUCAGUUUAGCUCGUAUAGAAACCUUCUGAUUUUUUCAUUUAGUUGCACAGUCUUCAGUUUUAAUGUCAAUGCAAAUAAACAAGUGAUUUCAUCAUCUGCAUUUGUAAGUACUUCCCUAUGUAUGCAGCAACAUUAUUUUAAUCUGCACAUAAGUUCUUGAAUGAAAUCCUGAGGUGGGAGGUGACUAUUUGACAUUCUGGU